CACUCACUUUAACAGUCACACACACACACACACACACACUGAACCAAAAAAAGCUCACUCCUCAACUCCACCGGUGGGAGGAGGAGAAACACACAGAUACCAGAUGAGAUUUGUUUCCAAACGCGCACCGAUGGCGGUGUGAGGCGUUUUUGGCUGAGAAAUACGCACGGCGUUGUUGUGGAUUUGUGAAACCUCUUUUUUGUGCAUCUUUUUUUUUCCUUGGAUCGUUGGUUGCGGAGGGGGAAUAAUAAACAAAGCUAUGGAUUACUCAGUCUGCUUACUUUUACUGCUGUCAACCGUUUCGUCUGUGUCGACUGGACAAUUCCCAACACCUCAGAUGAUAAAGGAAUGGGUGGACCAGAUGCAAAAAGAGUUGAUCUCAUUAACAGACACAGCCAGUGGUAUGGACAUCCUAAUACAGAUAUAUCAUAAACACAGACCUCACUUCAGCGUGGAGACCAACAAUGCAAGGGAUCUGGUGGCGACAGCUGCUGGGAAUAUAGAGAAACUGCUGGCUAACCGCUCCCAAGCCCUAAAGAGGCUGGCAACGGAAGCAGAAAAGCUUCAAAUGGAUCACUCGUGGAGGGACGACAGCGAGGUCGACAAAAUCGUUUACUACAAUGCCAAAGAUGACCUUAAUGAGACAAUGGACGGAAAGGGAAGGAAGAACCGGUAUCUUCCAGACGAUUUUGAGAUAGACCCCGACUUCAAACGACUCGUCUCGUACAACACCACCGCCGUCCACAUCCCUACGGAUAUAUACGAAGGCUCCACCAUCAUACUGAAUGAGCUAAAUUGGACGGAGGCCUUGGAGGAUGUUUUCCGAAAAAACAAAGAGGAAGAUCCCUCGCUCCUCUGGCAGGUGUUUGGCUCUGCGACGGGAUUGGCUCGAUACUACCCAGCAUCCCCUUGGAUGGACUCAAGCACUUCCGCCAAUAAGAUCGACCUCUACGAUGUGCGCAGGCGGCCGUGGUACAUUCAGGGGGCAGCGUCACCCAAGGACAUGCUGAUCCUGGUGGAUGCGAGUGGCAGCGUUUCGGGUCUCACCCUCAAACUCAUCCGAACGUCCGUCAGCAAGAUGCUGGAGACCCUCUCUGACGACGACUACGUGAACGUGGUCUACUUCAAUGACAAGGCCAGCCACGCGUCGUGCUUCACGAACCUGGUGCAGGCCAACGUCCGCAACAAGAGGAUGCUGAAAGACGCCGUGCAGGGCAUCACAGCCAAGGGUAUCACCAACUACAGAGGCGGCUUCGAGCUGGCCUUCGAGCAGCUCGCGCAGAUGAACGUGUCAAGGGCCAACUGCAACAAGAUUAUCAUGCUCUUCACUGACGGAGGAGAAGAGAGGGCAGAGGAGAUCUUUGAAAAAUACAACCCUAAGCAAGCGGUGCGCAUCUUUACAUUUUCAGUAGGUCAACACAACUACGACAAAGGACCAAUACAGUGGAUGGCCUGCGCUAAUAAAGGGUACUACUAUGAGAUCCCAUCUAUAGGUGCCAUCAGGAUCAACACUCAGGAGUACCUGGAUGUGUUGGGCAGGCCCAUGGUGAAGGCUGACAGAAGAGCCAAGCAGGUUCAGUGGACCAACGUCUACCUGGACGCGCUGGAGCUUGGCCUGGUGAUCACUGGCACUCUGCCUGUCUUCAACAAGACCAACACAGGCUCAAAGAAAUCUCAAAACCAGCUCAUCUUGGGGGUUAUGGCUAUUGAUGUCUCCCUGGAAGAUAUCAAGAGACUGACGCCUCGCUUUACUUUUGGACCAAAUGGCUACUUCUUUGCCAUUGACCCCAAUGGAUACGUGCUGCUCCAUCCUAAUCUCCAGCCACUGACUGCCAAGUUUAAUGAACCUGUUACGCUGGACUUCCUGGAUGCAGAGCUGGAGAAUGAGAUCAAAGUGGAGAUGAGGAAAAAAAUGAUCGACGCUCAAACAGGGAAUUACACAAUAUCUACACUGGUGAAAUCACAAGAUGAGCGCUACAUUGACUUAGGUCAGAGGCUGUACACCUUUGCACCAGUGAGGGGGACAGACUACAGCCUGGGCCUGGUCCUUCCUGACUACAACAUGCAUUACAUCCGGGCCAAAAUCGCCGACACAAUCACCCAGGCAAAAUCGUUUUUGGGGAAAGAUGUUUCUGAGAGCCUGAUGGCGGACAAGUUUGAUGAAUAUGGCUACACAUUUAUCGCACCGAGGGUGUACUGCAAAGACUUAAAGCCACCUGACAAGUACAAGAACAACACAGAGUUCCUCAUGGAGUUCAACGAUUACAUCGAUACAAAGACUCCAAACAACCCCAUGUGUAAUGUGGAGCUGGUGAACAGAUUGCUCCUGGAUGCUGGCAUCACCUCGUCUCUGAUCAAACACUGGAAAACAGUCGAAUCACAGCACGGUGUCUUGGCCAGAUUUGUUGCCACCGAUGGAGGGAUCACACGGGUCUACCCCAAAAGUGCUGGGCUGAACUGGGAAGAAGAAGCAGAGACGUACGAGUCGAGCUUCUAUAAGAGAAGUUUGGAUAAUGAUCUGUACGUCUUCACUCCAACACCCUACCUCUCUAAAGAGAACACGAGUGAUGAGGCGGUCCUGGUGAGCAGAGCCGUAAACGUCAACAUCGAUGGUACCAUAGUCAAACCAGCUGUGGUCGGCGUGAAGCUGGACAUCAGUGCCUGGAUGGUGAGCUUCAUCAACACCACGCAGAAGAUCAAUUGCAAUGAUGAGAUCUGCGGCUGUCAGCGAAACGAUGUGUAUGUGGACUGUGUCAUUCUGGAUGACGGGGGCUUCCUGGUGAUGUCCAAUCGAGAUGAACAUAUUGAUCAGAUCGGGCGUUUCUUCGGUGCCAUCGACCCGAUCCUCAUGACGAACCUGGUCAACUCGUCCCUGUUCACCUUUAAGAAGACCUUCGACUACCAGUCGCUCUGUGACCCCGAGAGAGAGAGCAAGGCGGCUGCAGGCCUGCGAUCCGUCUACGUGCCCACAAUUGCAGAUAUUCUGAAUAUAGGAUGGUUUGCGACAGCUGCAGCCUGGUCAAUACUGCAACAGUUACUGGUCAGCAUCACAUUCCCCAAUUUCCUGGACGCAGCCGAGAUGGAUGAUGAACUGUCAGACGCCAUGCUCAAAGAGGUCUGCAUCACAGAGCAAACUCAAUACUACUUUGAGACCAACAACCUGUCUUUCAGAGGCACGAUCGACUGUGAAAACUGCACCAGGCUCUACCACGCUGAAAAGCUGCCCAAGACGAACCUGGUCUUUAUCAUCUCUGAUGCGAAACUCACCUGCUCGUCCUGUGACACCAAGCCGUUAAUACAGGACGAACAGCAGUCUAACGGUCCUGAUCCCUGUGAAAUGGCCCAGAAUCCCCGGUACAGGAAAGGGCCCGCGGUCUGUUUUGAUAACAACGAACACGAGCAGGACCCUGACUGUGGCGGGGUGUCCGGCCUGAGCCCCUCACUUUGGCUGAUGGUGGCCCUUCAGCUGGUUCUGCUCUGGGUUUCGACUGGCUCCAGACCCCACACCAUCUCGUCAUGACCUCUGAAAAAUCCUCAUCACACCCUCUCUCUCUCCUCUCUCUCUCCUCUCUAACUCUCUCUCUCUCUCUCUCCCUCUGUUAUCUCCAAAAUGGCAACCAGCAUGCAACGCUGCCACCGAAAUGACAAGCGCCCGAUGAGAAGCGCUUGUACCUAACAAAACGAAAAACCUGUGAGCCCCCACAUCCUGCCAGUUUCUUCCUUUUGAUACCUUCAUUUUCAGGGGUUUCUCAAAGUGAUUUCACCAGGUGCAAAUGGGACGAAAGAGAGAUGUUUAUCGGAAGAUAUCAGUUUUGAAAGAACUCAACCUACGCCUAUCCUUCAUCUCUUCAACGGUCCCCGCCAGCUGAGAUUAAUUUUCAUUGGCGCCUUCUGAACUUUCUCUGGCUUGAUGUCAUCGAUGAAUCGGACUGCCUUAUAGUAUCAGAGGGAUUUAAAUCAUGAUUGGGGGGAGGGGGUGGGGCGGUAGGGGGGGGACUUGCUGUUUAUUAAAGAGCAGUUUUAUUCACCACUGCCAGAAACACCGCUGCCUUUUGCAAGCGUGUAAUUUAUUUUGAAUCAAUUUGCAGUGGCUAGUUAUUAGGGUAUUUAUAGUUUUUGUGGUUGAGAAUUCGGCUAAGAUUGCAGUAAGAGAUGCCAAAUUGUUACAUCACAACCUCGUGCCCUUCGUUUGCCUCCGUCGGGUUGCUGAUAAUAAUGUCAGAUUUUUUUUUUAGAUAGCACUACGCGGAACAUUUUCACAGUGUCUGAGGGGUUUUUAAAGAUGCAUCGUCUUUACUUUCGCCCCCAGUGUUUUCUUUCAUGUAGAUACUGUAUUUGCAGUGUGGAAAUCAUUGUUCAUUGUUAUGUUUAUGCACAGAAACCAACCCUUCAACUGCCACAGAGGGCCUGCGUCUGAGUGAUUUAAGCCCUGAUCGAGAGUAGUAAAUUAUCUGGAUUUCCCGCCUCGGCUUCGUCGGAUUGCUCCAAUGAAAACUCUCUUGCCAUAGUGCGCAUCGACCAAUCAGGUCGAGCCUGGCUGGUGUCCUACGCAUGCUCAGUGGACAAAAUCUCUAGUGCCAUGUGAACUGCGUGACUCAGACGAACCCUUCAGCUUCGUAGGCCGUGGCGACUGAAUGGAAAGAAGUGUAGUAUUUAUUUUAUUUUAUUUAUUUGAAUGAAGCGUCAGGACAGCAUGCUAUACUGUUUCUUUUAUCGCCACCACUAAAGAAAAUAUGAAGGGGGUAUGAGAAUUUGUAUUUGACAUUUUGGUCAACAAAAAGAAGGAAAUCGGUACAUUUGUAUUCACUGCUGUCACUUUUUAAAUUAAAUGACUACUAUCUGCACUGCAAUUCAAAGUGCAGCUGUUAUUUGUCUUUACAGUUUCAUCCUGACUUAAGAACAACCUCUAUAUAUCUCUAUAUAGUGGCUCUUGCAGUUUACUACACUGUGGUAUGAUACCACCCAGUAGAAAUCACUGCAGUCAGUCCAUUCUUUGUGAUCUUCUUUGCUGCGUUUUAUUUUCUCCAAUAUACGCUCAUCUUGUUUCAUUUUGUGUGCCUUCCGUUUUCCAUUGGUUAAAUAUAUUUACAGACGAUUUACUGUAGAUUGUUUUAUUGAAAUAUUGUCAUCUUGUUUGCCAGAGUGCACAGCAGUUAAAGAUGUAUUAAGAAAUGCACUAAUUAGCCAAAGCACUGCUGCGGAGCAAAAGAAAUCUGCCAAAAUAAUAAACAAUUAUACAUUUUUACAGGACCAAAUCCAGACGAGCUAAAUGCCAAUGCAGUACUAAUUAUAUCAGUGAGGAUAAGAUAAAUUAACUUAAUUAAUUUCAGGAUGAAAUUAUAAAUCCAUCCUGAAGACGCAAUAUGUAGAAAAUGACAUAUAUUGUUCUGGUUAAUUUAUAUAUUUAUAAAUUAUUGAGGAUUAAAAGACGUAAAUUCAAAUAGGCAGAGUGUGAUUGUUGUAGACGACAAGCUUUAAACCCUGAUUAUGUAAAUGUCACUUUUACUUAAACCAGCUGCACUUGUUUGUUUGGAGCUACUGUCAAUGAGUGACCCCAAAAUUUGGUCCUUAUUUAUGUGUCUGUUGGUUCCAGGUAAGAAUUGACAAUCACAGGUUACCACAGUUAGAACUGUUUAGUGAUAUCAGAUACUUUAAGGAUGCACUCCGUGGUUUUACUGCCUAAUCGUGCCCCCAAAUCGUAAAACUUCCUUCUAACUCACUUCAUGUUCAAAACAUCAACAGAGGAGCUUAUUUGGGGAUUUUGGGGACGCUAUGUACACCACUAAAACAAAACCAAGGAGUGCAUCUUUUUAUGAGUGUGUAAAAGCUGUCGCAUGUUUGCAGGAAACCACUUAAUUCUGUGGGGGGAAGUGAAAACCACAGAUUAAGCUGUGUGCACCGCAUUACCACUAACAUUUGUCUUUCACCCUCUACAGAGUUGUUUUAGUUAAAACAUCGCUGUUUUUAUAUCAUAUCCGAGUCAGAUCGUGGAGUGCUAUAGUUUGUCCAUCUUAUUUUGUGGCACAGCUCAACCGCCACCGUCACCAGUAACUUUAAAGUGGUCUGUGGUGCACUUUUUACUCUCAAUGUGUUCCUCUAUCUUAAACUAUAACCUUCCAACGAAAACAAUGUGGUGAAAA